GCUGAUGUAAACACAGAAGACAGGUUUCGGUGAAGCCGAGUCAGAUUUUAAUCGCCUGGUUUUUAAAGCGGCUGUAAGUCUCUAUGCAGCGGCUCGGAGGCUGUUAUUAAGCCGCCAUGGACUUGUACAUCAACCUGAAGGUGAAUUUUCGGGGCAACACGAAGAGUUUCCUGCUGUCCGGCUCCGAGACCAAGAGCUGGGAGUGCAUGGAGGCCACGGUGAAAAGAUCUUUCAGCUUGUGCAGUUUACAGCUGACGUACUUCGAUGAGGAAAAUGAAGAGGUGUCCAUCAACAGCCAGCUGGAGUAUGAAGAGGCUCUGAAGAGCGCAGCGCGACAGGGCAACAGGCUGCAGAUGAACGUGUACGAGAGCAGAGGGACGACCGGACGAGUUCCUGGUCCCGUCCCAGGCCCGGGUUUGUCCCAGAUGAAAUCUGGAAGCCUGACAGAGCCGAAGAAAGGAUUUCGACCUCCUCAGCACUGCCCGAGCCUGGCACAGGCGGUGAGCCAAAAAGUUCAGGCUGCUGUGCCUGAAGAGGGUUUAGUGACCCUUAAUGAGCUAAAGGGCGGUAAAGCAGAGGAUAAAACGCCUCCAGCCUGGUUUACCUCUUACAUGGAGAAGUUUAAGGAUCAGGUGGUCCGUGAGGCUGUGGAGAAGAUCUGCAGGGAGUUUUCAGGCCAGUGCUGCAUCCACAAACCCCUGGGAGCCGAGGCUCAGGUCUCGGAGGUUUCCUCCUCCACGCUGCCUGGAGCUCCGAGCUCGGCUCCGGCCUGCAGCAGCUGCAGGGGACAGACGGCGGGCGGAGGAUACCAGUGCAGCGUGUGCACGUCCUGCACCCUGUGUGAGCCGUGUAGCUUCUCACAUGAUCCAAGCCACAACCUGGUGAGAGCUCGAACGCCUCUGUCCAUCCCCGAGCGCGGAUCUCCAGCUCCAGAUCAGAGCAGGUUCUACAGACGGGGAGACCGGAGCUUUCGCAAGGCUGAGAAACAGCGCUUGAAGGCAGAGAAGCGGCAGCUGAAGGCGGAGGUGAAGGAGAUCAGGAAGCAGCUGAGGAUGGAGAGGAGGAGUCUGCAGUGGGGCUGCGCGGGAGACGGAAACUCCUCUCCUGUGCUGCUACAGCCGCGAGCCACGCAGGCCAACAGCCCCGAGCGUCCGAAGCGUCCGUGUCCUCUAGCUGUCCCUGCCAUGACGGCGCUGCUGCUGGACGAAAAUCUGCCGGACGGCUCACGCCUGAGGCCUGGGACCAAAUUCAUUAAAUACUGGAAGAUGAAGAACAGCGGCACGAUGAGCUGGAACUCAGAUACCAAACUGAAGUUCAUGUGGGGGAACCUGGCCGUGGGUUCGGGGGAGAGGUGGAGGGAGGUGUCCGUGCCCACACUGCAACCAGGUCAGGUGGGAUUAGUGAGUGUGGCUCUGUGCGCCCCCACCCUGGAGGGCACCUACACCUCACACUGGCGCCUGGCGCAUGGCGGAGAGCAGUUCGGGCCGCGGGUUUGGUGCAGCAUCGUUGUGGAUCCCGACGCGCCAACUGCCAUCUCCGCUGACUGCCUGCUGGUGUCUCCAUGUGUCACUCCUCAGGAGAAAUCCGCUCGGACCUUAGAGAGGGAGGAGAAAAACCGGACGGCGUCCCGGGAGCCGCUGCUCAUCACCGUGGAUCAGGACUGCAAUCAGGAGUUUUACAUUCCGUCUGUGGAUCUGCUGACGGCGCAGGACUUGCUGUCGUUUGAGCUUCUGGACAUUAACAUAGUGCAGGAGUUGGAGAGCGUUCCCAACAACACUCCCGCAGAUAUCACUCCCUGCAUUUCUCCUCUGCCCCAUGAUGCACUGCUGCAGGACAAAACUCCUCCAGGCCUCAUCCAGGAGGAAGCUGAGGACGAAGCCCAAGCAGUCAACAGCAUUCUGGACGUUGCUCAGGCUCCAGAGAUAGGAGGAGUUCCCGCCCAGGAGAAAGGAGAGGAGGAUGUGAUUGGGCGUCAGUUUGUGAGCGAGUCUGUGAUUCGUUCUCUCACGCUGGGAGGGGUGUUGGAUCACAGCAUCCUGCAGGGGAGAGUCACCACCACUGUGUUGCGUCCAGCACCGCAGGGCUCCGUGUCUCUCUGCGAGAGGAGGAUGGAGAGAACGUCAGAAAGCACUGAUGUUCCGCUCUCGGAUCCUCCUAAAGCCGAGCCGGAGGAACUUCUGGAUCCUUCUCCUCUCGUCUCUGUUCCAGCUGAACACAUCACUGCAGAUGAAGGGAACGAGUCAGACAUCGAGCAAAUCGUGGUGGAUCCGGCUGCGGGAGGCGAGCACUUUGAGGAGGAAGAGGACUCCAAGGAGAGGAAGAAGAAUAAGGAGGAGGUGGAGAAGGAGGAAAAUAAAGCGAAAGAUGCAGAGGAGGGUAAAGAGAGUCGCAGCAGGACAUCGUCCGCCUCCUCGGAGGAUUACAUCAUCAUCCUGCCAGACUGUUUCGACACGACCCGUCCUCUCGGAGAGUCCAUGUACAGCUCGGCCGUGUCUCAGCAGGGAGACGAGAGCCCAGAGCGUCUUAGCGCAGACGCUAACGACAUGCUGUGUGCAUCGCAGACGCUGGACUCGGUGCCUCUCACUCCUGUGAUCGUAGCUGCACCAAGACCUUCAGCCAAGUCCAGCUCGGAGACGGAGGAGCAGCUCAAAGCAGCAGAGACGCCACAGGAGGAGGAGCUAAACCAGGCUGGGGGCAAAGAGGAGGAGGAGCCAGAAGAUCAUGACUCUGCGUCCAGUCCCUCAGACACGGCGAACUCUGAGAUCCAGGAGCUGAAAGCGAACAGUAUAACAGGAGGUCUGGUGAAGGGCGCGCUGUCCGUCGCAGCUUCUGCGUAUAAAGCUCUGUUUACUGGACAGUCCGGUCCUGAACAGCUUCCUGAAGAAGCGGCUACUCAGGAUGCCAUGAUGGCUGUCCUGGUGGAGAUGGGCUUCGCUGAUCGGGCGCUCAAUCAGCGUUUGCUGCAGAAACACGGCCCGAACCUCCUGGACGUCGUAAAUGAACUCGUGCACAUGCAGGACAACGACUGGUACACCACACGCUACUGACACACUCGCAUAAUCCACUUCCUCGUCUCUCCUUCCGUCUCUGUGUGUGAGUGUGUGUGAGAGAUGGAGACGGACCGUGAUCCAGUCCUGAGUGUUUCUGUGGGUCAUGUUGAGGGAAACGGGGAUCGAAUCCUGAUUAGAGAGCUCAUGAGAAUUCCUUUUCAGCAGCGCCUGUGUUUCAGAGCGAACUAAUGAACUGCAUUUACGUUUGUGUCGUUAUAAGAAUUGUUGUUAGACUGGCAGUCAAAAGUUUUUGGACACCUUGCGAAUUUUUACGUUUUCAGAGUGACGUUUGAUUUUCAGCAGCCCCUGAACACGUUUGAGAAACGGAGACGUGAGGCUGAUGAUGGCGAGAACGCAGACUGACAGACCUGUGCUGCUGUUAAAGUGCUGUAGAAGUUUUGCAAAUGCUUUUGGAAAAGAUUCUAAAUGUAAAGAAGUUAAUGAAGCCUGAUUAGCGCACAUCACACAUCAAAGAGCUUCCUUUAUAAACAGUGUGUGUCCUUUUUUUAAAUAUAUUUCUAAACUUAAAAAAAAAAUCAGGAAGAAGUUUCACAAAGUUGUGGAGCUUAAUUAAACUGAAACAAGUCUUGCAGAGGUCUAGAAAAAACUCUGGAACAAGUCUCAGAAUUUUGGAAAAAGUGGAUUUGAAGAUGGGAUGGAAAUUUAUUUAUUUUUUCCUGGCAAAAGUCUGGAAUUAAAAAAAAAAAAACAUUUAGAGCAAGUUUCCAAAAGGGAUUGGAGUUUAAUAAAAUGAUCUGGAAUAAGUCUUAAGGUCUGGAGUUUUUACAUAAAAAAAAGAGGUUGAUCUGGAACAAAUCAAGGACUGGAAUUAAAAAAACGAAAGGAAAAAAAAAACCAGCACAAUUCUGGAAAAAGUGUGGAACUGAAUGACCAGAAAGGAUUGGAAUAAAAAAAAAACAAAUAUAUGGUAAUAAAAAGGUCUGGAAUUUAAAAAAUGAUGGAAAAAAAUCCUGGAAAAAGUCUGCAAUUAAAAAAAAUCACCUGGAACAAGUCGAAAAAAAUUAUUGGAAUUUAAAAUAAUCAGGAACAAGCCACAAAAAGGUUUAGAGUUGAAAAAUUAAUCUAGAAUAAUACUCCAAAAGGUCUGGAAAUGGGGAAAAAAAUGCUGGAGGAAGUCUGGAAUUGAAAAUAAUUAUGGAAAAAAAAUCUGGAAUACACUUUUCUGGGCAAAAAAAAAAAAGGUUAAUUUAAAUGGGGUGAAGUAAAAAAAAUAAAAAAUCAUAAUUUUUAAAAAAAAAAUCUAAAGUUCUGGAGUUUCAAAAGUAAUCUGGAUGUCUAAAUAGUCUAAAUAACAUUUUAUUUAUUUAUUUUUUUAAACCCCACAAAGCUUGGUGUCCUUAAACUUUUGCCAGUCCGUGAUUGUGUAAUUAUUUUAUUAGAAGGAAACCAUAAUGCAAAAAACGGUGAUGUAAUCAUGAUGAUGCAUGAAACUGGCUGAAAAUGAAACGUUUUGCAGAGAAAAUGUUGAAUUGUUAGGAUAAGUGUGUUACUACUGACCUUUUAGGUUCUUCAUAAAUAGUUGUAGUGUUCCUGCUUGUAGCUUUUUGUGUAUGAAGUGUGUGGGAUUUAUUCUCCGAGAGAGAGAGAGAGAACAUGGCGUUCGAUGUGCAAUAGCUUCAUUCAGCUGUGUGUGAAACGUGGCUUUAACUUUAUCGAAGGGCGCGGACUUCGCCACGUGACGGUGAAAUCUGCAUGAGGAAUGUAACCAACAUUCUCUACUGUUCUGCAUUUUUUUUUUUUUCCUCCAGGAUGCAUCAAAACCAUUUUUUUUUCCAGUAUGAGUGCAUGUUCUUGGAACUCAUCAGUACUGAUACUGAAAUAACUACGUAAUAUUAAUCAUUCAUGGACUUCAGAAGAGCUUCUUUAGCUCAGUUUAUGUUUCUUUGAUUUGAAUAGAGUCCAUUGUAAGUGUACACGUGUGUGUUUAUGCAAUUGGACGACUACAAUCGUUCUUUCUGAUGCCAGUGAGUUGAUUUUCAAAAAAAAAAAGUGCAUUAGCUAGCUACAGCGGUUAACUUGGAAAAGUACAUUUUUGUCUUCAUUACAUUGGAAUUCUUUGUUUUAUCGUAGUAAAAUUAAAAUAAAUAAUAUAUAAAUAUUAAGAUAAAAAGUUAAGUUUUAAAAAUUAAAGUAAUUUUUAAAAUACAAUAACUUUAAUUUUUUUUUCCUCACCUGGCCAGUGUUCACUGCUAGGGGUCCCCCUCCGCAUUAAUCAUAAAAUAAGUCCUUAUCUCUGUCAUUAAGCGUCGUCACAUAGUUUAACGUGGUAUGAUGGCAGUUUUUUACGAGUUAUUGAACUCGGUAAAUGAGCAUUGGUGUUUGAGUAUUUGUAUCGAUGCAUUCCUGAUUUUAGUUGUUUGUGGAUUUUAAAAAAUGCACUUGAAGAUGAGCUAUAUUCGCUGAUCAUCAAUCAAGACUUAUUAUAAUCUUAAAACUAAUUCCAUAUUCAUUAAAGGAUGAUGAUGAAGAUGAUGUGGCAUCUGCAGUGUGUAAUUCGAAAAUGUGUUGCUUGAAAAUUCUUUGAUUGAGCCUAAAACUAAUGAACGAUACGUACUGUAUCAUGCUGUGAUCCAUUUCACAUUAUAUGAUUAAUAUACGCAGAUGAAAAAAGAUUGCUUGCCACUCGAGUGGCAAGCAGUCAAUCAAUCAAUAUUUACACUUGAUGUUAAACAUUGCAGAAAUGCUUGUAGUUAAGAAGCAAAAAAAAAAAAAAGCCUCAUUGAAAUGAUCUGUAUUUUGAUGAUGUAAUUUCCCUUGUACUUGAGAAGGUGCAACAUCAAAACGCACCUUAAGGGAAUUUUCCUUAGUGAGAUCUGAAUCUGAAAAACAUUCCGCAUUAAUGAGGUGUUAAUUAUUUCCGACUUCUUGACCUAUUCGAGAUGGUCAUGCCCGUCAGAAUGGGUGUAAAUACUUUUAGCGUCAUGGUCUAUAAGUACACAAAGUGUACACUUACAUUUACAGUUUAACUUGCUCUAAUUAUUAGGAGUUUCUUUUUCCAUAAUCCUGUCCCAUAAUUUCCACUGAUUCUGCACCCUUCCCUGGUGCUCUGAGGAGUCAUUAGAAAUGUAAAAAAAAAAGACCAAAAAAAAAAAAAAAGUGGACCACGUGUGUAAAAACUUUAGUUUGUUGGAGUGGAAAGGUUUUCUCUGUGUACCGUGACGAACGGAAAGCGACGUCGUGAAUCGACUCAUGCUGUGGUUUAUGUAACACACACCUGAUGAUGUAUGAAUCUGUCUGUAAUAAAUGGUCAUAAAUAAA